CAAUACAUGAUUAUUUAUAUAUAUUUUUAUUUAAAAAUAGGUCACUAUUGUUACAACUAUAAUUAAGAAUAUAUCUCAAUAAAUAUAACAAAAUUUAGUGAUAAUGAACACAAUUUUACUUAAGUAUUUAUAUUUUCCACACACUAGACACUUAAAUAUUACGAAAAUAUAACUAAUGUUUGUAUUCACUACAAAUUACUGCUGUACAUUAAUAAUAACUAUAAACAAAAUGGUUGCCAUGACAACAAAUUACAUGUUUAAAUGGAGCAGUCAGCAGUUACUUAACAAGUUGAUAAUUGUGUUGAAAACUUAAUGAAAAGUUAUUAGUGAUAGAAACAUGCAUAGUGAAUAUGACGAAAAAUGUACUGAAGAAUUAAAGAAUACAAUAAAAUUAUGUAACCAGGAAAUUCAGUUUGAAAAAAUGCCGACCCUAGAAAAACUAGCACAUCAUAUAAAAAAAGAAGUAGAUGAUGAAUUGAUUGAAAAAUAUAACAAAAAUAAUGCAGUUGAUUCUAUAUGUAAGAUCGAAGGGAAAAGAAAACAGACUGUACCUGACACAACUACUGAUUUACAUAGUCCAAUAAUAAAAAGAAGCAAACCAAAUGUCCAUGAUUCACCAGUUAAAGAAGCCACUGAACUAAAACAAUUUAACUCUGAAUUAUUUAUAUUAACAACAAGAUUAGACGAAAUGUGUAUUUUUAAAAAUGAUUUAAAUAGACUUAACCGGUCACAUAUAUGGGAAGAGAUAUCAAGAGAAAGUAAGCCAAUGUUAUCACAGUACAAACACAACGUCACUACCCAAACAGUAGUCAAAUAUAAAAACUUACAUAAAUUGUAUAAUGACUUAAAAAUAAUCAACGAUAAAAACUCUUUCAAAGUAUUUGAUGAUAAAAAUGUAUGUCAUAUUAAAGCAGAGAAUGACGAAAUGACCGAUUUUAGUACAAAUGAAAAUUUUAUACGAAUAAAUGUAAAUAAUAAUGAUAAAGAAAUAGAAGAGGAAACUGUUUUAUUAAAUGAUUACAAAAUAAAUGUUAAUGAAACAAGAAUAACAGAAAAUAUUGUGGAUAUCUUGAAUGAAUCAAAAAAUCAUAUCACAGCACCCGAAAUUUCGGAAACUUUGUUACAACCAAAAAUGAUUUCCAAUUCAGAGCGAGAAACUCUUAGUCCCAAAAUAAUAAAUUUAGAUGAAUGCGAGGAGCCAACUAAAGGUUUAUUCGAAAGAAGAAAACCCGAUGGUCAAGAUCCAAAAGCAUUAUUGAGAAGUUUGUGUUGUUCAAUUGUUUACACAACGAGACUGGAGGAUAUGUGUAUAUUUCGAUCUACAAUAAAAUAUCUGGAUGGAAAAUAUGUACUGAAAGAAAUAUUACGAGAAAGUAACCCAAAUGUCAUUUUUAAACAAAAGACAUCAACGCCGUCUAUAAAUAAGAAUAAUUUUAAACGAUUACAAGCUGAAUUAAAAAUACUCAACAAUAAAAGUAAACCUAAACGUGUAGAUAGUCGUUCACCGAUAUAUAAUAAUUUUAAACUAGUACCUUCAGAUAUUUUUAUUCAAAUUACAAAUCAAUCUGCUUAUACUAAAAUACUCGUAGAUCCAAAAAUAUCUACGGACACUCAAGGCGAUCUUUACAGUACUGCGAUCAAUUAUGUUUUCAUUUAUAACCCAAAAAUUAGAUCUAUAGAAAAAGUUGAAGCUAAUCAAAAUAUUUCAUUACUGAUUCAUAAUAAGUUCCGUGACAUGACAGAAGUUUUCGUUACGGAUAAUAAAGGGAAUGUAACAGAACUUCGUAGGUUCAAAUCUCAAAAUUCAGUCGAAUUGAAUGAAUUUAUAAACAAUAUCGACUCUAAUAAACGAAGAUUGAAACUGACAACUUGCUGUUGGUUCCAUAGAAAUAUGAAUAUCGAUAAAGUUUGGUCGAAUACAAUCGCUCGAUUCGUCAAAUCGAUGCAUCCUUGUCAACCAAGGAGUUGUGAAUGUUGUUGCAAACCACAUCUAGGUCGUCCCUCGUUUAAUACAACACUAAAUAUUAGUAGUAGUUUUAGUGAAGUAGAUAACGCAUCCAUCGUUAAACUUGAUAAGAAUAGUUUAAUAGGAAGAGCGCUUGAUUUCCGUAAACCAAUUAAAGAAGUAAAAAAUAAUAAACAUGAUACAAAAAUACGUCCAUUGAUGAUAGAAUUUAAUAAAACUGAAAGGAUAGAACAUUACGCAAUCGAUUCCAGAGGAUGUAUAGAUUGGCAGAUUACAGUACGACCAUAUAAUAACCACCCAUUUGAUAAUACGAUUCAACAAUUAAAAAACAGAUCAAAACAUAUACCAUUACUUAAGGAAACUAUAAAAAGUACACGUGAACAUAAUAUUUUUAUCAAUAAACUUAAAGUACGAAAUGUACCCUUCAAUGUUAUAAAUUAUCUGAAGUGUAAAAUUUUGGAAAAUAGUAACGAAAAAAUCGUAGCUGUGACACCAAAACUGAAAUUAACUAAGGAAAUAUAUAAUAUAGAACAUACAAGAACAUAUACACUACCAUCAUUAAUAAAAAUAGGACAAAUCUUGAAAUCUAAAUCUAUGUUAAAAGGGAAACCAAUAUUUGAUAAUGUGAACAAAAUAGGCAAAAGAGUACCAGGAAACAAGAUGGAUCUCGUACCAUCUACGUCUAAUUCUGGAUCAAAUUCUCCUGUGAAUAAGAUAAUUUCAGGAAUAGUCUUCAAAGUGGAGCCAGAUUACCAGCAAGUGAAAACAAAUGAUUCCUUCUCACUUAGACCUCUACAAUGGCCGCCGUCCAUGCAAAUUUAUAACCCUACCACAAGCAGGAGUAUCAAAAAAGAAGUUUAUAUUCAAGAUGGCGAUGACACCAACAAUAUUAUUAAUAAUAAAUCGUUUCAGUCUUUUAUUAAAACAGAAAAUAAUAACACAGAUAUUGCUAUGCCAGUUAUUACCAACGUUUUUUCUCUUAACGAUAAUAAUCUAACUAAUUAAUUAAUUAAUACAAACAGUUUUUCACCUGAUAGUUAAGUAAGUGUGAAUUCUGGGACGAAACUUGGUUCCAAAGUUGGUCGAGCAAAAAAUAUUAUAACGCCAAGUCCAUUGGUGGUGCCUACCAACAAUCGUGUGGUCUAUUUACCAGCCUGUCUACCUAUUACAAAUAAAAAAAAACAGCAUUAGGUAGUUCGAUUAUUGAAUUAACAAAGUUAUAUAAGCAUACCCAAUAAUAUAUAUAGGCUAUUUCAAUGGAAGAAAGAUUAAAGAUAAUACUUUGUUCUACGUAUUCCAUGUAAUGUAAAGCUCAGCUAUUUUUGUCUGCUAACAGUUUUUGAUUGAUAUAUCUUUAUUUGUAAUACUAAUUCCACUGUUAACUGAACUUAUAUCAACUGUAAUUUUACUUUCAAAUUUCUAAUAAAAACUU